UCAUCUUCAUCUUCUCAACAAUUACAGAAGAAGAGAAGUUUCCAGAAUCUCAAAUUGGUAAUGGCAGAACACUUAGCUUCAAUUUUCGGUACUGAAAAAGAUAGAGUGAAUUGCCCUUUCUACUUCAAGAUCGGUGCUUGUAGACAUGGAGAUCGAUGUUCCAGGCUCCACACGAAACCCAGUAUUAGUCCUACUAUUCUCCUCUCAAAUAUGUAUCAGAGACCUGAUUCAAUUACCCCUGGUGUUGAUGCUCAAGGCAAUCCUAUUGAUCCUCGCAAAAUCCAGGAACAUUUUGAGGAUUUUUAUGAAGACUUGUUUGAAGAACUGAACAAGUAUGGAGAGAUUGAGAGCCUGAAUAUUUGUGACAAUCUGGCUGAUCACAUGGUUGGUAAUGUUUAUGUUCAGUUUAGUGAGGAAGAGCAGGCUGCAAAUGCACUGAAGAAUCUUACUGGGAGAUUCUAUGCCGGAAGGCCCAUCAUUGUUGAUUUCUCUCCUGUGACUGAUUUUCGUGAAGCCACCUGUCGACAGUACGAGGAAAAUGUCUGCAACCGCGGUGGAUAUUGCAACUUUAUGCACCUCAAAAAGAUCAGCAGGGAAUUGCGACGUCAGUUGUUUGGAAGGUAUAGGACAAGGCACAGCAGAAGCAGGAGCCGAAGCCCUUAUAGGCAUCGCAGCUAUGAAGACCGCUCUCACAGGAGUCAUAGUAGAAAGCAUGAUGAAAGGGACCAUUAUUAUGAGAGUCGGAGCAGGAGGAACAGAAGUACAAGCCCUGACCACAGGAGGGGUAGGAGUAGGAGUCCUGGUGGCAGGAGAGACCGAAGUCCAGUUAGGGAUGGCAGCGAAGAGAGGCGCGCAAGAAUUGAGCAGUGGAACCGGGAAAAAGAACAGGCAGAACUUGAUAACAGGGCUAAUGCAGACAGUAACUACAAAAAUGAAAGCAAUGAGAAUGGAUCUGCUCCUAACCAAGAUCAAUAUUAUAAUCAACAAUGACAAGAAAGUGCAUAUGGAUAAUGAAUGAAAAUAUCGUGCUGGUUUGUGUCCUUAUCCCUUAUGAUUUUUGAUGCUUUUGUUCUGUCCUAAUGUAUUGUCUUCUGAGAGGGCCACCUGCCGUGAAAUAGAGCUUAAUGCCCAUUUUCUACUUGCAGGGGGUGCAGGUUUUCAAUUCUUUGAUAAGCAAUCUGAAAAGUUUUCGACCUUUAAAUUUUUUGGUGUUCUGGCUUUAGAUAUGCUUCUUUUUGUGAAUCAUUCGUUGUUUGUUAUUGCAUCUACCCUUUGAAUUAAUAUUUCAAGUUGAAAUAGUGGUUUGAACAUAAAUUAUAAUUGAAUUUUUAGACUUGAAGUCCCACCCACAAUUUUCAACUGUCACAAACUUCUUAUCCCAAAAACAUAGCUAUUGGAACACAACUUCAACCACCUGCCCUAAAUGUUUGUGUCAUUUCAAUUUGUUUUACAAUUUUGAACUUCUGUUGAGUGUUAUACAUUUUUUUUUGACUUGUUGUUUUGAUGUGAAAUUCCUCCGAAAUUCCUCAAUAUUUAUCCUAUGUGACAUUGUUCAAAUUCCACAAACUAUUGUGUUAUUGUUUGGGAGAAAAACUUACUGAUAUCAGCAUGUAGUUUUGGAGUGCCAGAAAUGUAAGGUGCAAUUGUAUGUUGUCACAAAGUUCCAAAACUUGUUGAAUUGGUGGUAAAUUCUCUGCACUGUAAUAAUACCAGUUUCAAAAAAAAAAAAAAAGGAACUCUGAAUAUCAUACCACUUCUACAUGUGCUAUCAUCAAAUGAAUGCUCAUCAUUAAUUUGCCUUUUAAAGCGACUCGUGCAGUGUUGCCUCCCAAAUAGCAUUGUCGUGUAACGUUUCUGUUACAGGGUUUUUCCCACUGCAUAUAAACUAUUCCAUAAUUGUCAGGUAGGAUUGGAUUAUGUAAAAAAGUAAUAAUAAACUCAUCUCAUGCAGUGUUGCCUUCCCAAAAAGCACUGUCGUGUAACGUUUCUGUUACAGGGUUUUCCACUGCAUUAACUAUUCCAUAAUUGUCAGGUAGGAUUGGAUUAUAAAAAGUGAUAAUAGACUUAGCUUGUCGUAACAUUUCUUGGUCAUCCAUUUGUUCUUCUAGGUUAUCCAGGCUGAAAUGUCCUUUUCCCCGCUCUAGGUUUAGGUUUUGCAUUUUAAGGGCUUUGUAAUAAGAGACGUAGACGAUAACUUGCAUGAUGUUUACUUGUAUAAUCUUUUGCAAAUGCAUUGUGUGCUUGUUUGUGCAGUCAGGUUUCUUAUGACCAGAGCUCAUCCAGGCUAGUAGCUUUCAAACUGUUGUUUGGCCUUUUUCUUCAUUUUUAUUACUGCUUACCGGGAAAUGUAUACAGGUUAUGGAGCCAAAUCAGAGGAUAUAUACCAACAGGUUUGAUUUCACAGGCAUUUGCAGGGACGAGAGAAGAAUGACCGAUCUGUAGGUGGAGACGACAAAUGUUCUAAUUCUUAUUCCUUUAGUCUACUUUUAGGUUAGGGUAAUGCAACUUCGGAACUUGGAACUGCUAGUUUUGCAUCCUCCAGACUAGUGUUUGCUAUAAUGUAUCGCGGUGAACUUAUACGAGACCCUGUCUAAGGUCCUGAAUGCUCAGUCGUCUAGAAAAGAAUCUUGAUGAUAUUAUUUAGGUACUCUUAUCUUUUACUUGGUUUUGGCCUUCGAACGAACAGUACGGUCUGUACUGUGUGUAUGUUGGCGUUUGGACUAUAUUUGGUUGAAGUCGAGUUUAACUGUGAUGUUACCUUAUCGUUUUGGUAA